CUGUGGUCCCUACUCAAAUUAAUUCGGGUUCUUAGCUUCUCUAAGCCCGAAAGAAGAAGUGUUCUCACUUUUCUGUUAUGGCAGCAGUCAAUCACCUAACUAAGCCAAGAAGUCGCUAUUAUCCAUCUUAGGUGCAAAAAUAAACAAUUGAAUUGUUUACUUGGUUUAAAAGAGAAAUGGAAAAGAAUACUCAAGACACUCUGCAACAAGAUUUACAAGAAGAGACGCAAUUUGUGGUUGAUGAUAUUAGCAAAAUUAUUAAAGAAGCCAUCGAGACUGUGAUAGGAGGAAAUAGUUAUCAAAACUCAAAAGUAAACAAUUGGACCACAGCAGUUGUUGAAGCAUGUACUUCUGAACUUACUAAACUUAUGAAGCCAUACAAGUACAUUGUUACUUGCAUUAUUAUGCAAAAAAAUGGAGCGGGCUUGCAUACUGCCAGUUCCUGUUAUUGGGAUAACAAUACUGAUGGGAGUUGCACCGUUCGCUGGGAAAAUAAAACCAUGUUUUGCAUUGUGUCAGUCUAUGGACUUGCUAUUUAGAGUUUAAAUAUAUCUUUUAAGACUUCCUUUUGAGGCGAGAUUUAAAAAAAUAUGUCCCCAAAUAUUCAAAUUUUGACAAAACAGUGUUUUGAUUGCACUGGACCACAGAAACAAAAUUAAAUUUUAUUAUUUUAAAUCUUUAAUGGGUAUGUUCUUAUGCAAUAAAAUGUGCAAAAUUAA